AUGGCCCAGUCGCCGAUGCUUUCAUGUCCGCUGAAGCAGACCAACGAGAUUGAUUGGAUUCAGCCCCUCAAAGAUUACAUCCGUCAGACCUACGGCGAGGAUCCCGAGCGAUACAGCCAAGAAUGCGUGACUCUCAACCGACUUCGCCAGGACAUGAGGGGUGCAGGGAAAGACAGUGCUACCGGUCGCGAUCUGUUAUAUCGAUACUAUGGCCAGUUGGAGCUGCUGGACCUCAGGUUCCCCGUCGAUGAGAAUCACAUCAAGAUCUCGUUCACAUGGUAUGAUGCCUUUACCCACAAGCCUACCUCUCAAUACUCCCUUGCCUACGAAAAGGCGUCCAUCAUCUUUAACAUCUCGGCCGUCCUGUCUUGCCAUGCCGCCAACCAAAACCGAGGCGACGAGACCGGCGUCAAGACCGCCUACCAUUCAUUUCAAGCAUCCGCCGGGAUGUUUACGUACAUAAAUGAGAACUUCUUGCACGCGCCAUCGACCGACCUGAACCGGGACACCGUCAAGACACUGAUCCAUGUCACACUAGCUCAAGCUCAAGAGGUGUUCUUUGAGAAACAAGUAACAGAUCAGAAGAAGCCUGGUUUCUUGGCUAAGCUUGCUGGACAAGCAGCAUAUCUCUACUCGCAAGCUGCCGAGACAAUGCAGGACUUCGUUGGCAAGAAUGUGUUUGACAGGGUCUGGACGAUCGUCGUGCAAGCCAAGGCAGCGCAUAUGGCAUCAGUAGCAUCAUAUUACCAGGCCAUUGCGGACAGCGAAAGCGGGUCGCAUGGGGUUGCUAUUGCUCGUUUACAGAUGGCUGACAAGCAGUCCGCUACUGCUUUGAGCUGGGCAAAGACAUUCCCCUCAUCGGCCGCAGCGACCACUAACUUGACAGCUGAGUCCGGGACCAACCUUUUGGACCUUAUCAAGCAUAACCAGGCAAAUGUGCAAGCUAUCCUUACUACAAUGAUCAAGGACAAUGACUUCAUCUACCACCAGCCGGUUCCCAAUGAGGCUGGUCUUUCCCCAGUCGCUAAGCUUCCAGCUGCCAAGGCGAUUCCUGUCAGCGAACUAUACCAAGGGCAAGAUAUUCAGCGAAUCAUAGGGCCUGAUAUAUUCCAAAAACUGGUGCCCAUGUCCGUCACUGAGACCGCUAGUCUUUACGACGAAGAAAAGGCCAAGUUGAUUCGGGCCGAAACCGAAAAGGUGGAGACGGCCAAUGGCGAAAUGGCUGCUAGUUUAGACUACCUCAAAUUGCCAGGCAGUCUCAAUAUCUUGAAGGGAGGCAUGAACCAGGAGAUGACAGUCGACGAGGAGUUCCGUCGCUGGUGCUCCGAGCUCGCUGGUCACAAACCUUUCCAUAGAGCAUUCGACGACUUAAAGGAACGCAAGGCGGAAGUACUGUCCCAGUUGGAAGAGUGUUCAAAGCAGCUUGACUUGGAAGAGAGCGUCUGUGAAAAGAUGCGUUCCAAGUACGGAGCAGAUUGGAGCCAGCAACCCAGUUCCAGACUCAACCCCACGCUUCGAGGCGAUGUUCGAGCGUAUCGAGAUACUAUUAAUGAGGCUAGUGCGAGUGACUCCCAGUUGUCUGCCACACUCCGACAGUAUGAGAGCGAUUUUGAUGAGAUGCGGUCUGCCGGUGAAACUGAUGAGGCCGAUGUGCUCUUCCAGCGAGCCUUGAUCAAAGCCGGAUCGAAGCAAAGUAAGGGCAAGAACGGCGUCACCAGUCCCGCGGAAGGUACGCUGCUGGAUGAUGUGUAUGAUGAGGGCAGUGUCUCUGUUGCAGAACAGAUUGCCAGGGUGGAGGAAGUUCUGAAGAAACUGAACCUCCUGAAGCGAGAGAGGUCCCAGGUACUCAAGGAUCUCAAGGAGAAGGUUCACAAUGAUGACAUCUCGAAUGUCCUAAUUCUUAACAAAAAGUCAAUUACCGGCCAAGAGUCCCAACUCUUCGACGCGGAGUUGGAAAAGUUCCGGCCGCAUCAGAAUCGGCUUCUGCAGGCUCAGCAUAAGCAAUCAUCUCUGAUGAAAGAACUCACCAAAAUAUACGGUGACCUCCUUCAAGACAAAAGAGUCCAAUCCGAGCAGUCCAAAUACGAGUCUAUCACGAGGCAACGUAAUUCCGUGAUGGCUCGUUACAAGAAGGUCUACGAAGCCUUCCAUGGCCUUUCAUCGGGGAUCAGUCAAGCCCGGACUUUCUAUAAGGACAUGGGCGACAACGUCGAAAGUCUUCGCAAGAAUGUCGAAACCUUCAUUAACAACCGCCGGUCCGAAGGUGCUCAGCUUCUCAGCCAGAUCGAGCGCGACAAGGCUAGCGGAGUCUCGGAGCAAGAAGAUCGCGAGCGAGAGAAGCUGCGCCAGCUAAUGGAGCGUCUCUCGACGGAACCGAAGAACUCAUCGACCUCACCUUCCACGGGAUCAGCGAAACCGCCCUCAAAAAUCAAGUCACCACCCCCGCCGGUCCAGACGCCGGCGUAUGGAACGACCGGUCCAUCCCCACAGAUGUCACCCCGCUACCCGCCUGUGCCCGGAGCGCCGCCGCACGGUGUACCUCUCUCACACUCCCCAGCACCUUACGGGCAGUACAUGGGAGGUGCUCCGGGGGCUUACCCACCCCAGCCCUUCCAGCAAGGCGCAGCAGCUCCUUUGUCGGAGGGCUACAACCCUAUGGCAUACCCAUAUCAGACUCCCGUGUCUCCUCCCCCGAACCAGCAAUUUUUCUCUUCCACCCCAGCCCCGUACGGCGCACGCCGGCUCCCGGUGCUACCCCUGCCUCUGCGCACUACAUGGCCCCGCAGGGCUACGUCCCGCCUCCGCCUCCACCGCGCCCCCCAGCAGACGGCCUAUCCUCCUGCAACAGGUGGUAUGUACCCAUCUGGUCCUGGUGGUUAUGCGCAGAGUAGGCCGUAUGGACACCACAAGAACCCCUCACAGUCCCAGAUGCAGCCGCAGUCUGGCACUUCCGCGGAUCCGUGGGCUGGUCUUAACGCGUGGAAAUAA